GGGGCUGAGCCAGUCUCUCCCGCCGCCGCCGGACGCGCAGACCUGGGUCGGCUGCACCGACGGCCGCCUGGCCGAGCGCACUGCGGGGUCGCUGCGCUCGCUGCGACCCCGGAGCCGGCACACGAGUGGCUGCGGUGUCUUGGGCGAGCGUUGCUAGCUUAGGUGUCUGUCCUCAGCUGCUGGAACCCCUGACAUCCCACUAUGGCUGGGCUACUGAAGAGGAAGUUUGACCAGCUGGAAGAGGACGACUCCAGCUCCUCUUCCUUGUCCUCUGGCAGUCUCUCUCUCUUCUGUUCGCCCGCCUCUUCUGCCUCUUCUGCCUCCUCUGCCUGGAACUCUGAUGAGGAGGGACCGGGUGGUCAGGCACCCCAGCCUGAUCAGGACUCCUGUGGCCUCCAGAGUUUCACUCCCUCAUCCAUCCUGAAACGGGCUCCUCGGGAGCGCCCAGGUCACGUGGCCUUUGAUGGCAUCACCGUCUACUAUUUCCCACGGUGCCAGGGAUUCACCAGUGUGCCCAGCCGUGGCGGCUGUACUCUGGGCAUGGCAUCUCGUCAUAGCACCUGUCGCCGUUUCUCCUUAGAUGAGUUUACACAGGAGCAGGUCCGGGCUCGGCGUGAGAAGCUCCGACGGCGUUUAAAGGAGGAGAAGCUGGAGAUGUUGAGGUGGAAGCUUUCAGUGGCUGGAGUUCCGGAGUCAGGGGCAGGCGUGUCUCUCACAGUAGAUACCAUCGAUGAUGCUGCUGUAGAGGAGGACUUGGCAGUGGCCGUGGCGAGUGGCCGCCUGGAGGAAGCGAAUUUCCUACAGCCCCAUCCACCUCGGCAGCGACGUGCCCUACUUCGGGCUUCGGGUGUUCGAAGGAUUGACCGAGAGGAGAAGCGCGAGCUGCAGGCGGUCCGCCAAUCCCGGGAGGAUUGUGGUUGUCAUUGUGAUGGCGUCUGUGACCCUGAGACCUGCAGUUGCAGCCUGGCCGGCAUUAAGUGCCAGAUGGAUCACACGUCCUUCCCCUGUGGCUGCUGCAGCGAGGGCUGUGAGAACCCCAAUGGUCGAGUGGAAUUCAAUCAGGCAAGAGUUCAGACACACUUCAUCCACACGCUCACUCGCCUGCAGAUGGAGCAGGGUGCCGAGAGCUUGGGGGACCUGGAGUCCCCCGUGGAGGACACUCCUGUUGAACAAACGCUGGUUUCUCCUUUUCCGCCUUCCAAGCCCCCUGUGAGCAGUGAGCUGGGAGACAAUAGCUGCGGCAGUGACAUGACAGAUUCUUCUACGACCUCGUCCUCUGGCAGCAGCGAGCCUCCAAACCACCUUGCUCACCCUAGCCUGCCGGGUCCCAGCUUCCGAUCUGGCGUAGAUGAAGACAGCCUGGAACAGAUCCUGAAUUUAAGUGACUCUGACCUCGGUAUUGAGGAAGAAGAGGAGGAGGGAGGGGGUGUGGGCAACUUGGAUAACCUCAGUUGCUUCCAUCUGGCUGACAUCUUUAGUACCGGUGACCCCGGCAGCCUGGCCAGCUGGACUCACAGCCAGUCUGGCUCUAGCCUUGCACCGGGCAUCCUAGAUGAGAAUGCCAACCUGGAUGCCAGCUUCUUCCUAAACAGCGGAGUUGAAGAGUUGAGAGAAGGUAGCCUCCCUGGCAGUUCUGGAUCCCCUGAGGGGGAGGCCGUCCAGAACAGCUUAUCCUCCUGUGACUCCUUUGAGCUUCUCCAGGCUCUGCCAGAUUAUAGUCUGGGACCUCACUAUACUUCCCGAAGAGUAUCUGGCAGCCUGGACAGCCUUGAGGCCUUCCACCCUUUGCCCAGCUUCUCUCCACCAAGGGAUGCCAGUGCUUGCUUCCUGGAGUCUCUCAUGGGCCUGUCUGAGCCGGUUACGGAUGUCCUGGCACCCCUUCUGGAGAGCCAGUUUGAGGACACUACCUUGGCACCUUUGAUGGAGCCUGUGCCAGUGUAAGGGUUAAGGUGCCUUUUUCCUGCCCUGAGACCCUGUUGCUGCUUUUUAUGUGAUCUUAGGGUUCCCUGAGGUCUAUGUAUGUAACGGUCUCCCAUGGGCUGGUCCUGCCUAUGGUGCCAUGUGAGCACCCUCUAUUUUUACAUUAACACUCUGAAUUUAUUUAUUUUUUUAUGUUUUUCUGUACUGAAGGGAGGGUGGGGAGGGUACCCCUCUUUCAAUGCCUGGUCUUUUUAUGUCCAAACAGAGGUCUUCCACCUCCUACUGUAUGCCUGGAGGAGGAAGGGGUGGGGGCUCUCCUGGAGCCUCGCAUCCCCUCUCCUUGUACUGUAAGAUGCUCCUUGGUUCAGAGACAGCGACAGCUGAAAGCAGGGCCUUCUGCUUUCCUGUGAACCAUAGGAGCUAGGUCUUCUGGACUGUGAAGAUGUAAUUUAUUUCUGUAAUUUAUUGGGGGGAGUGAAACAGAAGUGGUUGAGCCUCUCUGUCAGGUGGGCAGUGUUAGGGCCCAGUCUUCAAUGUACCCUGCCAGUCUUGGGCUUUGGUAUGGCGUGUGGGUUCGAGCUUAUGAUCUCCUAUAUCAAACAGUGGCCUGGCUCAGCUACACAGACAGAGACUGUGCUUAACCAGCGGUGACCAAAACCCCCUCUGCCCCCAGCCCAGACACUCCACAUGCUCUCUGUCCAAUUCCCUCUCCCCCUAGGCCAUGGGUUAUAAAGCCCCUCUGUAGGAUGGGGAGCCAGAGGCCCCAAGAGGGGUAACAGGCUUGCCUAGGACAUGAAGCACACCUCAGGUUGUCUCAGGCCUUUCUGGGCACUGAAUCCAUCCUGGCCCACCACACGCCCCCAGGCAAGUUGGCAAGGGGUGGCUCUUGAAGACUUUUAUGCCCUUCAUUAGCUGAUGUUGGAUUUUAUAUGCAUUUUUAUAUUGUCUCUAAGUGUCAGAACUAUAAUUUAUUCAUUUCUUUGUGUGUGUGUGUGUGUGCCAAGAAACGCGGGCUCUGGGCCUGCCUCCUUGCUCGGGAGGCCUUGCCAGCCUGUGUGCUUGUGGGAACACAUUGUACCUGAGCUGACAGGUACCAAUAAAGACGCUCUAUUUUUAA